ACAAGCCUCAAUCCAACGACCUCGACUGGGAGAAGGAACUGAAGGACUAUGUCAAGCUGCUGAAGAUCUUCGACGGGCCACGCAUGGGAAAGAAGAGUGAGCUUCGAUUCGUCUAUGACACCAUCACGAGACUGCUGAAGAACUCGAAGUCGGUCUAUGGUAGCCCACGCCCAAAACACCACCUUACCCAUCCACUCUCCUCCCGGAAUGCCCAAAUCCUUGCCGACCUCUUCGAUUUUGAGGAAGCACGCUCAGCCUUCUUUUGCCGCUCCUUCCUAUUCGAGCGCGCUCGCAGCAAGCCGCAUCGACUCCAUCGAAUCCAAGAGCCGCCCGAGGAAGCGCACCAGCAGAGCGCCAAGCUGCACUGCCUCUCCGGUAUAGGAGGAGUGGACGACUCGUGUGUGUACCCUUUUGCCUGCUCCAAGGUCUAUGACCUUCGGCAAUACACGGAUAGGACCAAAUGGGGACCGUUCAUGAACGAUGGCAGCGCCCGGGUCGACUGGGAGAAGCUUGAAGCCAUCCUAAUCGUGCUGAGCUACAACAUCCAGAAGAGGCGCCUGGAUACACAAUACAACAUUUUUGCCAACUUAUGGGGCAUGCCGUUUGGCGGUACGUGGCCCAACAGCUAUUUGGCGUGGCCGGAGGGCGUGGAGCGCACGCCGCUGCAGCUGCGGGAUCCCUACGAUGUCUCGGGGACCUGGAUCAGAAUCGUCUGCUUCGUGGACUACAGCCACUUCUUCGACUACAACUUCCCCCUGGGUGCGGAUAUUGCGGACAAUGUUCCGCGGCAGCCCAUUGAAGCGAGAGAGGCGACGAGGGUGAUCCUGAUGAGGAUCCACGUGACAAAUAUUGAGCCGCCCGGAAAGGAAGAUGGCCAGGAGCUGCCCGUUGUGCACUUCAGCGGCAUCUCACAGGCAGUCGACGAUUCGGGUGAUGACGACAAUGCCAAUUCAGGCAUCAGAGGCACGGUGCGUAUGACGCCUGAGGGAGAGGUGAGAUGGACAACAAUCUCCGUCUUCGACGGCCAGGAUCGGUGGCGCAGCGAGGGCAUCCAGGUUGGCGGACGUCGAUCCGCCCGGGGGGUUAUGGGCAACUGGUUCGACAAUGAUUACGACCCGCACGGACCUUGCGGCCCGACUGGGUUCUGGAAGAUCUCGGACCACGAGGUCGAGGGUGACGACGAGGUGGAGGAUCUCCUCGACAAGUUCAUGCCCAAAAUAGACCAGCACCUUGCGAACAACGUAGACUCGGAUGACGAAUUUGAGGUUGCGUUUUCAUUUCUUGACGAUAUUGGAAUCCUAGAGGUGGUCACUGACUUCGUCAAUUGAAGGAGACGGCUUAUAUACGAUUUGUACCAGCAAAGAGAUUUUGGGCGUUCAUCACUUUUUCUACAGUGUACAGUGUCACAUUGCUUUUCCCCCCAGACUCGGAAAUAUAUUGUCAUCAUUAAAGCGGCCCACGUACGCAGUCUAUAAUAGUAGCAAACGCCACCCGGGCACGCCCAAACCCACCAUUCACACAUCAUUCCCGCCGCCCCCCCCGGUACCGACCGGAAGCCCCCGGUUCAGAGCUUCGCCGCCGCAGGCGGGUCAGUAUUGACCUUCCCAUGCUCGCACGUAGCCAGCAGGGCGCCGUCGACUUCCCUCAUCAUGACGGCCCUGAGCGCGCACAUCC